AUCUUACAUUUGAGUUAACUUAUUUUUAUUUAGCCUAUCUAAAAUCAAUGGAAGCCUAUCUAACAGAUUUAAUUUCUACAAACACAUACGCUCGAAGAGUGACAAAGCAUCAUUCAUACGAUUAUGAAAAUAACUUGGUGAAUCUUGACAUCGAAAAGAGUUUAAAGGCUACAGAACUACAGAAUGUUGAUCACUCUUACAAUGAGAAUUUGGAAAAGAUGCUGACUACAAUACAUGGCAUUAGUCAAAUGUUCAUGUUAGUGAACGUGACGAUACCAAGUUUCCCGGUGGUGUUUGUUAGUAACGAGUUCACCACUUUCUAUCGAUAUUCACGUAACGAUGUGUACCUGAAGGAUGCUAGACUAGCGUUUAUGAUGGGACCCUGUACCAGAAAGGGAAUAUUACGUGAGAUAAAACAUACUCUUGAAGCCUCAAACGAGAAUACACUGGAUUAUGUGCUCUACACUAAGGAUGGUAUACCUGUUCCCACCACUAUUGGUCUCUUGCGAGUCAAAAAACCGGAUCAUCACAACAACGACUCGUACUUUGCCAUGACGUUUGAUCCGUUCAAGAGUAAAGAUGGACCUGUCGAAGGAGAAAAAGACCCGGAGAAAGAGUUGAAUGUUUGGUUGGGAGAAAAGUCUCUUGUUGCACCGAUAUUGAAGAACAAGGAUAAAGUAUUGUAUACGAAACAUAAAUCAUUCAAAAGGAAGAUAUUCCAAAGAUUUACACAAUUGUUUGAGAGCGUUAACCUUCUGGCGGACUCAACUAUUCGUAAAACAUGGGACUGGUUUAUACUUCUUGCCAGUAUCUGGGCAACUUUUUCAGUUCCUGUUCAAGUCUGUUUCGAUGAAAAGAUCUAUUACUCCAAAGAUAUUGAUUUGAUAACGGAUAUUUUGUUUCUCAUUGAUAUGGUAAUGAACUUCCGCACUACAUUCGUAAACGCUGAUGGGCUUGUCAUCCUGACUAGUAAAAAGAUGGCGACCCAUUAUUUGAAAGGGUGGUUUAUUGUUGAUUUAUUGACUGCUGUACCCUGGCAGUUUCUACAGCUCAUCAAGCCAGCCAAGGCGUUUAGGUACCUCAAGCUCACAAGGGUGUUGCGUAUGGCUAAAGUGGCCUUUCACUUAGACGAGUACACUAAAAACGGUCCCAUUUCCCUGAUCCUCAUCAUCAUGUAUUUCAUUAUGUUGGGUCACUUGAUCGCGUGCGGCUGGUUUUGGUUGGGGCGGAGUGACUAUGAGAGUAAUAUUGCUGGCUGGGUAACUUAUCACCUUCAGAAUAACCAUUUCGUUCUUACUCCUGAUAUUGUUGGCGAACAAGACUUACAAGAGGAUUUCUACUCAGCCUCCCUUUAUUUCGUCAUGACUAUUUUCUGUACCGUUGGAUUCGGAAACAUUGCACCCUGGAACGUUUCGGAACAGAUUUUCUGUGUCAUAGUCAUGUUGAUCGGAGCGUUCUUCUACGCUAUAAUCUUCGGGUCCGCUACGAAUAUCAUUAUGAGAAUGGGAGCCCAGCAGUCUCGGUUCCUGGACCAACAGAAAGAUCUGGAUCUAUACACCUCCGUCAACAAGUUUCCUCUUGAUCUCAAGAACCGAAUGGAGGACUAUUUCUACUACCACUGGUUCAACAGUAAAGGUAUUGAGCACUCCCAGAUGAUGCAGGAUUGGCCCAGGACCCUCAAGGAAGACACUUCUCUCUUCCUUCACAGGAUUCUGUUUGCGGAGUGGCCUGUGUUUAACGAGGCUAGUACAGGCUGUAGACGGUCUCUGAGCUCACUUGUUGAGAGGCAUGGUUUCACUCCUGGAGAUUACAUAGUCCACGAAGAAGACUGUGUUGAUGCAGUGUACUUUCUGGUUCGUGGUCACGUGAAGAUUCUGAAGGACGGUGACGUCAUUGGAAUUCUAACAAUGGGAGACACAUUCGGAGAGAAAUGGUGGCCGACAGCCGCGUCAGGCAAAGCAAACGCAGACAUACAAGCAAUGACAUACGCCGAAAUCGAGGUGUUGACCCACGAGCGUUUGAAGGACAUCCUGGUCAAGUUCCCAGAUUACUGGUCCAUGUGGGAGCAGAAGCUGGACAUCACGUACGAGUUGGCUAAUCGAGCAGACCAGAAUAUCUUUGAUAAUCUGCCGGCAGAUUUGAAGAUCUACGUUGCGAGUGAACGUACGCCUGUAUACCAAGGAGAUCAGCAAGAGUUCAAGGAGGGUGACAUGGGUGAUGAGGAACUUUUAAAGAAUACUCAAGAUACUAUUAACCGACUAACUAAACUAAUGCAGGGGUAAUUUAGUGAGGGUUGGAAUUUUUCUCGUUUUUUAAAUUGUUGUUUAUAAAUUAUUUUCAGAUAAGAGCAAUACGCUCUGGAUCUAUAUGCAAUUUAAUCUAUUUUGCAACUACCUUUGCUUUCUACUUUUUGAUAUAUUAUACUUCGGUGUAUAUAUAUAUAUAUAUUAUAGGUUUUGCUACUCCAAUUUUUUUGUAAUUUAUUUUGAUUUGAACUUAUGUGAAGUGUAAUAAUUCGAAAUUUAUUUGAACGAA